AUGCUUUUUAGAGCUAUUUCUAAACAAGUGAGAUUUGGAUUGCUAAAAAAAAAUGUGUAUUCACAAUGCAAAUGUCUAGUGCGAUGUGUUAAUCUUACUAGUUUCCGAGCAGUUCAUCAUUCAAGCUAUUCAAACCCCAAGUUACUGAAUGUACGGAAAGCUUCUGCAAUCACUGCUUCGGUCGCAACUGUAGGAAUACUGACUUAUUUGUUUGGAGAAGCAUUCGAGGACGGUAUUCCCGUAAGUGAAAUAAAGUUGCACAAUAAAGUUGAUGAUUGCUGGAUUGUUUUGAAUGGUGAGGUAUACGAUGUAACUGCUUUUUUGAAGCAACACCCUGGUGGAGCUGCAAGAAUUUUGGAGGUUGCUGGCCAGGAUGCGACAGAUAAAUUCCAUGAAAUGCACUCUGAUGCCAUACUUGAUAAAGUAAAGGGUAAGCUAAUUUAUAUUGGGAAGAUGAAAGGUCAAUUUUACAAGGAGCUCACUGCAGAAGAAAUGAGAAUUAUGGACAUGAAAAGUAAGCUGCCACCCUUAUCAUCUGUGUUUAGUAUAUCCGAUUUUGAAGCCAUUGCAAAGCAAGUAUUACCUAAAUCAUCAUUCAUGUACUUCGCUACAGGCGCUUCGGACGAGUUUACUUUGAGAGAAAACCAUUAUGCCUACAGUAGGGUUUUUUUUAGACCUAAAAUUUUACAAGAUACCAAUACAGACGUUGACACGUCAACUAACUUUUUGGGCGCGAAAGUCAAUAUCCCAAUCUAUAUCACUGCCUUUGCUGGAUCGAAGCUGGCUGAUCCUAUUGGCGAAAUGCACCUUCAAGCCGCUUCAUAUGAUGCUAAUGUAAUGCAUAUGGUGCCGAAGCAAAAUUCCUACAGCGUUGACGAUUUCUUUGAUGUUGUACCUGAAGAUCAAAAUCAUUGGAUGCAAUUCCAUUUCGACACUGAGGAAGAAAAACGAAACGUUGACCAGUUUUUAAGAACAGCCGAAUCACUUCCAAGCGUUAAAGGGGUCUUUUUUAACGUUGACCUACCGGACAUUGGUAAUCGCGAGAAAGAUUCUAGGCAAAGAGCUUCGACUGACGGUUAUCACGGUUUAGACGAAAUGACACCAAACCAAUUUGGCCAACAUCCUAGACUUGCUUGGAAAGAUAUAGAGAAGAUUAUUAGUUCCACAAGUCUCCCUGUUGCUUUAAAGGGUGUUCAGAGAGGAGAAGAUGUCGUAUUGGCUGCUGAAAAAGGGAUUAAAGCGGUUGUCUUGUCCAAUCAUGGCGGAAGACAAUUGGAUUUCUCUCGCCCCCCUCUUGAAGUGCUUGUUGAGGCGAAGCAAAUGUUGAGGGAGAAAAACCUUGAAGAUAAAAUCGAAAUUUAUGUGGAUGGGGGUAUCCGUCGCGGGUCUGAUGUAGUCAAAGCAUUGUGUUUAGGGGCUACUGGUGUUGGGCUGGGAAGACCUUUCCUUUAUGCAAUGGCGGGAUACGGAGAGGAUGGCGUUGCUAAACUUAUAGAUAUCCUAGAAACCGAAAUCAAAAAUAACAUGAGACUUUUGGGCGUUGAUAAGAUCGAGGACUUAAAUGAAAGCUUUGUGGACGCCAGAAAUCUAAAGCUUCGCAAUCCUAGAAUCGCAGAUUCUCUUUACGACGAGGCGUAUCAGCCAUUAACAUUUCCAGAAUUCAGAUAA